AUGGCGGACCUUCUAUCCCAGCUGGAGCAGGAUUUCAUAGCGAUACAGCAGGCGGACCCAUCACUUGCGGAUGGCUCGCGUCUUGUUUACGAUCGUGAGGUGCCAUUCGAAUUGCGCGCCAUGCGAGACGGCCAGUCCUCUGCUGGCUCUCUGGAGCCGAUGAAGGUCAAGGUGCUCACCACUGGUGAAGAGCGCAACCUGGCUAGUCUUCGUGUAGAGGUGGCCACCGAGUCGGACAUCUUCUUCCACUACACAUGCAUCAUCAACGACCAGGGAUUUCUGCGACUGCGCGAGGAUCAGAACCUCGUGUGUGAGUUCUCCGAGUUCCUGAUGACGCUGUUGAAGAUGUUCAACCGAUGCAUCCGCGAGCCGGGUCGUUUCAUCGCGGCACUCCUCCUCGGAGACGAUGGCACCGCCAAUUUGGAGUUUGUGGAAAACUUAGAGUACAAACUAGUCAGCGUUCUGGUGCUGCCGUUCCGCGCCUCCCCACCUGAGGUGGUUCGUGAGCAAGCACAGUACCGCUACAGCGCCGUCCGUGCACGACUCGAUUUGGUCACGGAGCAGAUCAAGCAUGCGAGCCCUGCUCGCCGCUGA